CGUUUUCGACAUUUUCAUAACUAUGGCUUCACAUGACUACAAUUGCCGAAUAAACUGUUUUUUUUUUCCCUUUAGCUUCUGCUUGAGGAUAAAACUCUCCUAUCUUAACAGUUCUGUCAUUCCGGAAGAUGCGAGGAAUCACAACUUAUCUCUAGCGAGCAGUACAACACACGAAAGCUUAUAAAAGCUUGAACCGAACAGGUCAUUUAAUCACACGAGAACCCUUCAGUUUCUGGCGGAAAAAGGUUUGAAUUACUUUAAAUCAUUUUGAGCAUCUAUCAGAGAGGAUGUAUUGACAAACGUUUAGUUUUUAGCUGGAUUUUAAGAUAGCAUUAGAGAAAUCAGAAGAUUUUCACGAAGAGGAGAUAGCGAGAUAUGUCACAAACUGAGUCUCCAGCCUUUCUGCAAGUCCCUGAUUUAAAACAUCAACAAGGACGUAACAAGAGCCGAGGGGGAAGCCGAGGGCGAGGCGAACAUCACGACGACAAACCGGAAUGCGAUAAUGGCGAGGUCGGGGAAGAUGAAAUGGCUGGAAGGAGGGGAAGCAGCGAGACCGGUGAAUCGCAGACAUCUCACCAUCGAUGGGGCAAAGUGGCAUGUCUCGCUGCCUUCCUUGUGCAGCUUAUCCUUCUCGGUCAGUUUCAUUGUUCUGGGAUCAUCUACUCGGCUAUGUUACAGGGCUACAACGAAAGUCGAGCAAACACUGCUCUAGUUCUCUCCCUAUCUGCGAGUUCUACCCAUGCCUUUGGACCAAUCACCGCUUACGUCACAGAGCGCUAUGGAGCCUGGCCUGUUGGUUUGACCGGUUCUCUGCUGUGUUGCUUGGGUCUACUUCUUUCGUCGUUCUGCCCAGUCCUUCCUCUCCUUUACCUGACAUACAGUUUGGGCUGGGGCCUGGGCUCGUGCAUGUGUUGUCGCGCCAGCCUCAAUGUGAUGUGCAAGUAUUUUGACAAGUACAUGAUGAUGAAUAGCCUCACGUGGGUCGGGUGUGCGCUCGCGACCUUCGCUAUCAGUCCAAUGCUACAGGACCUAUUCAAAGAUUAUCAAAUAUCCUCCGCCCUUCGUAUUAUUGCCGCAGUAGAGGCCUCUCUAGUCCUCUCUGCACUGAUCUUCAUCCCGUUCACGUACCGCCACAGGCAUCCCGUUUCAACUCCCUCGAUUCUCAUUGAGAGUGAGGAUAUUCGUGAUAGAGCGUUUGGUUUGGAGGUGUUCAGGAACAAGCGAUUUUUGCUCUGGAUUGUCGCUUCGUGCUUUCUGAUGCUCAUCAACUUGGUUCCACUUGUCCAUAUCAUUCAAUUGGCUAUCGACAUAAACAUUGACAGCGUGAACAUUGCCAUGCUUGUCAGCUACCUCGCCAUCGGCUCAAGUACCGGACGCCUAUUUUUCGGACGACUGCUGACUUCCCUCCACAGAAACAAUCGUAUCCGAAUCAUCCAAUCAGCACUCUUCCUCAUCUCCGUAUUCACGUGCUGUCUCCCUUUUGCUCUUCAAGACUUCUGUCUCGCUCUCUACGUACUUCUCUUUGGCUUCUUCGAGGGGAGUUUCGCUACCCUGAUGCCUGUUGUAACUGUGGAUAUUGUAGGAAAAGAAUUAGUGCCUUCUGGCCUAAGCUGGCUGUAUACAAUUGCCGCAUUGCCUGAAACAAUUGGACCAGUACUUGCGGGAUGGAUUCAUGAUACGACGGGGAGCUAUGUGAUCGCGUUUUAUCUUUUCGGUGGGACCUCAGUGUUAGCCAUACUGCUGAUGUGUUGGUUACAGCUUAUGCAGAACCAAGACCAGGAGAAUUAUACCGACUGCAUCAUAGAUUUCACUGGUGACGUCUUACCCUUGGAACCGCAGACCACAAAUUCUAACCUAGAGGUACCGACUGUGGAAGUUCACAGACCAUAAGGAGUGACAACAUAUCAUUGUCGAGCAAUCACUGUGAACCUCAGAUUCGUUUGCCAUGGAUGCAAAGUUUCCAAACGCGGAGGCCGUCUUGGCUCUGAAUACAAGGCAUAUAGUAAAAUGAUUAUAUAUUCGCGCUUCAACUAUUUCCGUGCUAAACCUGCUGAAGGUCGACAUAAAAGCA